AUGAAGCCGCAUACGACAAACCGUGGACUCCAAGGCGACGCCUUCAGGAAGGAUAGGCACCGGAGCGCCGCCACCGCCCGAUCCGAGGAUCAGAGUUUCCCCUGGAGCCGCACGACGGGCAGUGAGAGCCGCGACGACGCCUUCAAGAAGGGAACGAGCUUCGCGCCGCCGGUCCAUCCGAAGAUAGAACAGGUUUUCACCCCGGCCAACACUCACCGCCACCGAACGCCACACCACGGCUACCGCGUCGCCCACACGGCCAUGGCCACCGGGCAGCACCAAGCCACGGGCUCUGCCCAAGAGCACCGCACUGCCGCCACCAGGGCCGCCGCCCCGGCAUCCAAGACCUUGACACCACCUCACCCGAGACCCGCCGCUACCCCAACCAAAGAGACGAGCGGAAAGGUCCCUCCUUUCGCACCCCUGGGCGACCCCCAGCGUUGCGACCCAAUAGGCCGGCCAGCACUGGCAUCCAUCGACCCGUCCUGCAGCCCCGAGCGCGAGACGAGCUCGGUCCUGCAGCACCAUGAGGGGGACGAGGUCAGUCCUGCUGCACCGUGCGCGAGACGAGUUCGGUCCGGCCGCACUGUGCGCAAGACGAGCUCGGUCCUGCUGCACCGGGCGCGACACGAGCAAUGGACCGCAGCUGGGAGAGGGCCAGCCCUUCGAUGGAAGUAGUGCCCUGGUGACGAGGAGAUGGGGCGAAGGUCAAAACGGUCUGAUCGCAGACGAGCCGACGCCGGAGAAGCCGGCCGUGGCCGCAGGCAGAUCCGUCGAGCCGCCGUGAAGCCGCCAAGACACCGGGAGGCCACCAUGCGCCGCACCUCCCCAUGCCGCCCACGGCCGGAGCAACGGCCACGCCUGGCCGCUACCCUACCCGUGUCGCCCGGUGAGCUCCAAGCGCCCGAGCCGCCGGGCACACACCACCAGAUCGGCCCCGCGCCAUCACCGAGCUGGGCGGAUCGGAACCAGCCCCCAGCAGCCGGCCGCACCACCCAGACCCGCGCGCACCACCAAUACCAUCCGGGAGGACGGAUCCAUGCCGGCCCGCGCCUCGACGGAAGAAGCCCGACGGAUCUGGUCGAAGCCCAGCCGCCGCCGCCGCCACCGCCACCGCGCCGCCUGAUGCCCAGCGACGCCCGCCACCGCAGCAGCGCGCCGCCACGCCGCGUCGUGUAUCGCCAGCGCCGCGUCCCAGCCGGAAGGAGCAGCCCUGCGCCGGCCCCCUCCUGCGAGGAAUCGAAAAUGCCCCGCCGCCGCCGGCGCUGGGCGGGCUUUGCCCGGCCGAGCCCUGUGGCGGCGGCGGGGGAGGGGGGAGGAGAGCUGGGGGACCCUGGUGGUGGCGGGCUAGGGUUUCCUCCCGGCCGCCGCGCGGGGGCGACACGGGAAGGAGGGGAGGGAGAUACUUGCCUCUCUGGCUCCUUUUCUUGAAUCCAUCCAAUAAUAUUUCUCCGCUGUUCAUGGCUAAAAAUGUUUCGUUAAACAACUCAGAAGUAAUUCUUUGUAUGGUUGGACACCCGCAGGGUAUCAUCAUGUUCCGGAAAAGGAUAUAGAAGAAUCGUCCAAAACAACUCUUGUAGUAAAGAACA